AUGGUGGGCGAAAUCCAGGUUGACCUCGCCAUCAGGCCAGCGGUCCCGAUACCAACUUCAACCAAGCCGAGGUCCAUUGGCGUAUCAGCGCCGACGACGGCAUCGCCAAAUUCCAAAGGAGGUGUUGCCAUCGCGAUAAAUAACAAAAAUCAUCACAAUCACAACCACCACAAUCACUUCAACGUUCACCAACAUCAGUACUACCCUCACCACCACCACCACCACCACCAUCACGACCAAGAAGUAGAGCAGCAGCUGCGGCGACACAAGCACAAGCUCUCGUCGUAUUCUUCAGAGGGCAGCCCCCUGAGCCAGUCCAGGAAUAACUCGCUGACCUUUAACCGCCCGGCGAAACGACAGAUGGCUACCCCGGACCAGACCAUCGCCGUCAUCAACGCGAGCGGCCGCCAAACCGCGUCGCUCAUACGGUACUGCACGGCCGUCGGCUUCAAGGUGCGCGCCCAGCUGCGGAACACGGAGGGUGUCAUCGCUACCGAGGUCUGCUCGAAUCCAAAUGUCACGGUCCUGGUGGGCGAGCUGUAUACGCGCCAGCCCUCAGCUUCGCGCGCCGACGUCUCAGCAGAGGGCCCGCUGUCCGGUAUCGGCGUCAACGAGGAGCUGAUCAGGGAACUCUUCAGCGGCUGCCAGCUCGCCUUUAUCAACACCACCUUUUACGGCGACGAGGUCGCCAUCGGCAAGGCGCUGGCCGACGAGGCCCUUGCUGCCGGAAUCUCCCACUUCAUCUACUCGUCCAUGCCGGACCACGCGGCCUACGACCCGAGCUGGCCCAGCCUGCCGCUUUACAGGUCCAAGCACCAAGUUGAGGCCUAUGUGCGGUCGCUCCAGGGCCUCGAGGCGACAUUUGUCUACGCGGGAAUCUACAACAACAACUUCACCUCGCUGCCCUACCCGCUCUUCUGCAUGGAGCUGCAGGAAGACGGCUCUUUCCUAUGGCAGGCGCCCUUCCACCCGGACGCCAAGCUUCCCUGGGUAGACUGCGAGCACGAUUUCGGCACCGCGAUCCUCAGCAUCUUCAAGGAGGGCCCCAAGAGGUGGGGAGGCGGCAGGAGGGUCCCGAUCGCCUUUGAGAUGCUCACACCGCUCGAGGCCUGCCGCAAGUUCUCCUCAGGAGUCGGUCGUCCGGUGCGCUACGUCCGCGGCCCGAUAGAGGUCAAGGUCAAGAUACCCGAGGGCUACCGGACGCAGCUCGACAUGGUGCAGAGGCUGUACUCGGUCGGUGGGGACGACGCCUCGCGGCAGCCCCCUUACUUUGGCGACUGGGAGCUCGAGGCUCAGUGUCCGGACGUGGCGCUGGAGCUGUGGGGAGGACCCAGGACGCUCGAGGAGUACGCGCGCGAGGAGUUCAUCAUCGAGGAGCAGGCCAACGGCCUGAGGUGGAUGCUGGUGGGCGACAAGGGCGGACACAACCACCACAAUAACCACCACCACCCCAGGUACGACGAAGGCGCUGGCAGGGAGGUGACUCAGCCGCCAGACGAGGAGGAGGACGGCGCGAGCGAAAACGACGACGACGAUUAUGACGACGACGAGGAAGGGUUGGUCAUGCGGGGGCCUAAGAGGCUCGAAGAGAAGUGGUUGGCAUGA